AUGGCGCCAACAAUCGCCCCUUUCGGUGAGUGGAAGUCUCCUAUUGACGUCGACUUCAUCACCUCGUCCACCGUCACCAUCUCGAAUCUUCGUAAGAAUGAGCUCACAGGUGAUCUCUUCUGGAACGAGCUUAGUGGAAAAACCAAUGGUCGCACAACUAUUAUGACUCGUGGUGCAGAUGGAACUGAUAAGGAACUCACUCCGGAGCCAUUCCACUCUCGCAAUCAUGUUCAUGAGUACGGAGGUGGCGUGUUCACACUCGGAAGCGAUUUCCUUAUUUCAAGCAACGAUGCGGAUAGCCGCCUAUACAAAAUAGACAUCGUCACCAGGAGAGCAGAACCCUUAACACCUGAAAACAAAGCUUGGAGAUACGCCGACAUUGCGAUCCAUCCUUCCGAAAAGUUCUUAAUCUGCGUCCGCGAGGAUCACACUAUUGAUACGCCCCAAACCGUUGUAAACACAUUGGUUGUUGUCAAACUCGAUGCUCAGGAGCCUAAUGUUCAUGUCUUGGUUGAAGGCGCUGACUUUUACUCCAGUCCUCGCUUUAACCCUGCCAACCCUAAUGAGUUCGCUUACUAUUCGUGGAAUCAUCCUUUUAUGACUUGGGAUCACACUCAACUGUAUUACGGUUACCUCAAUAUUUUGGACGCAGGCGUUAGUGUCGAGUCACAAACCCUCUUGGCCGGUGCGGACAAAGCUCAUGAGGAGAGCGCAAACCAGCCUCGAUUUGCUUCGGAUGGUACACUCUACUUUGUCAGCGACAAAACAGGCUUUUGGAACUUGUACAGUUACAGACCAGGCAAAGAAGUCGAACUAGUACUUCAGGAGCCUGUCAAGGCUGAAUUUCAAGGCCCUGCUUGGACGUUUGGUGCACGAUCGUUCUACCCGUUGAAGUCAGACCCAUCAAAGAUCGCCUGCACUUAUAUCAAGAAUGGUCUAUAUUAUUUGGCUAUUGCUGACGCCCUUGCGAAGACACUCAAAGAUAUCCCCACAGAAUUUCAGGUCAUCAACUCCGUUUAUGCCACUACUGAGGGCCAAGAUGAUGCCCUUAUUUUGAGUGUUGGAAGCUACAAUAUCCCUGAGCAAGUUAUAAGUUAUAACUUAAGGACCAACACGUAUAAUGUUUUGAUGAAGUCAAGUACUGUUGAAGUUCCACAAGGAUGGAUCUCAAAGCCUGAGCCCCUGACAUUUAAAACUACUGGAGGUCUCGAGGCGUAUGCUUUGUAUUACCCACCGACGAAUAUCGAUUAUAUCGCUCCGGAAGGGACUCUCCCACCGCUCAGAGUGCUGUCGCAUGGUGGCCCUAGUACGGCCUUUGCUUCUAACUUGAACUGGAGCAUUAAUUACUUUACAUCCCGUGGUUUCGGCUGUGUUGCAGUCAAUUAUGGAGGAUCCACUAGUUAUGGCCGCGAAUUCCGCGACAGACUCCGGGGACAAUGGGGAGUAGUUGAUGUGGAUGAUUGUUGUGCUGCGGCGCGAUGCCUUGUAGAAAGAGGCCUUGUGGAUCCAAAGAAGCUGGCGAUUGUAGGAGGUAGCGCUGGUGGUUAUACAACAUUAGCAUGUCUGGCAUUUAGAGACGUAUUCCAGGCUGGAGUUAGUCAUUAUGGCAUUGGAGAUUUGGAAACAUUGGUCAAGGACACACAUAAGUUUGAGUUGCUCUACCCAGAGAGCCUGAUUGGUCCAUAUCCUGCAGCACAGAAUCUGUAUCGGGAAAGAUCACCCCUUCACUCUGCUGAUAAAAUCACUUGCCCCUGUGCAUUCUUUCAGGGCGCUGAAGAUAAAGUCGUACCGCCCAAUCAGGCGGAGCUGAUGGUCAAUGCGCUGAAGCAGCGUGAUCUACCUGUGGCCUAUGUUCUCUUCGAAGGCGAGGGGCAUGGCUUCCGUAUCCCCAAGAAUGUUAAGGCAGCUCUCCAAGGAGAGGUUUCAUUCCUAGGUCGCAUUUUUGGUUUUAAGCCCUUUGAUGCUGUUCAGGUUGAUAUAAGCAACGAGGAUGCCAUUUGCAAGUGA